UGCGGGCUCCCCGGCCAUGGCCCCCCGACGCCAGGCCAGCCCAGGGGUCGCUGUCGCCUGCUGCUGGCUCCUCACCGUUGUUCUAGGCUUCUGCGUAUCAUUCAACGUUGAUGUGAAAAAUUCAAUGACUUUCAGUGGCCCCGUGGAGGACAUGUUUGGAUAUACUGUUCAACAAUAUGAAAAUGAAGAAGGAAAAUGGGUGCUUGUUGGUUCUCCUCUAGUUGGUCAACCCAAGAACAGAACUGGAGAUGUCUAUAAGUGUCCAGUUGGGAGAGGCAAACCAUUACCUUGCAUAAAGUUGGAUCUACCAGUUAAUACAUCAAUUCCCAAUGUCACAGAAGUAAAGGAGAACAUGACUUUUGGAUCAACUUUAGUCACCAACCCAAACGGAGGGUUUCUGGCAUGUGGCCCCUUAUAUGCCUAUAGAUGUGGACAUUUGCAUUACACAACUGGAAUCUGUUCUGAUGUCAGCCCCACAUUUCAAGUCGUGAACUCCAUUGCUCCUGUACGAGAAUGCAGCACCCAACUGGACAUAGUCAUAGUGCUGGAUGGCUCCAAUAGUAUUUACCCCUGGGAGAGUGUUACAGCUUUUUUAAAUGACCUUCUUGAAAGAAUGGAUAUUGGUCCUAAACAGACACAGGUUGGAAUUGUACAGUAUGGAGAAAAUGUAACCCAUGAGUUCAACCUCAAUAAGUAUUCAUCAACAGAAGAGGUACUUGUUGCAGCAAAUAAAAUAAUCCAGAGAGGUGGCCGCCAGACUAUGACAGCCCUUGGAAUAGACACAGCCAGGAAGGAGGCUUUCACUGAAGCCCGGGGUGCCCGAAGGGGAGUUAAAAAAGUCAUGGUAAUUGUGACUGAUGGGGAAUCCCAUGACAAUCAUCGACUGAAUAAGGUCAUCCAAGACUGUGAGGAUGAAAACAUUCAGCGGUUUUCCAUAGCUAUUCUUGGGAGCUAUAACAGAGGAAAUUUAAGCACUGAAAAAUUUGUGGAAGAAAUAAAAUCAAUUGCAAGUGAACCCACUGAAAAGCAUUUCUUCAACGUCUCUGAUGAAUUGGCUCUAGUCACUAUUGUUGAAGCUCUGGGAGAAAGAAUAUUUGCCUUGGAAGCUACAGCUGACCAGUCAGCAGCUUCAUUUGAAAUGGAAAUGUCUCAGACUGGCUUCAGUGCUCAUUAUUCACAGGACUGGGUCAUGCUUGGAGCAGUAGGAGCCUAUGAUUGGAAUGGAACAGUCGUCAUGCAGAAGGCUAAUCAAAUCAUAAUCCCCCAAAACACAACCUUUAACGUUGAGUCUACCAAAAAGAAUGAACCUCUUGCUUCUUACUUAGGUUACACAGUGAAUUCCGCCACUGUUUCUGGAGAUGUGCUGUACAUUGCUGGACAGCCACGGUACAAUCAUACGGGCCAAGUUGUCAUCUACAGGAUGGAAGAUGGAGACAUCAAGAUUCUCCAGACACUCAGUGGAGAACAGAUUGGUUCCUACUUUGGCAGUGUUUUAACAACAAUCGACAUUGAUAAAGAUUCUAAUACCGACAUUCUUCUGGUUGGGGCUCCCAUGUACAUGGGAACAGAGAAAGAGGAACAAGGGAAAGUAUAUGUGUAUGCUCUUAAUCAGACAAGGUUUGAAUAUCAAAUGAGCCUGGAGCCCAUUAAGCAGACUUGCUGCUCAUCUCUGAAGCACAACUCAUGCACAAAGGAAAACAAAAACGAGCCAUGCGGGGCUCGUUUCGGAACAGCUAUCGCUGCUGUGAGAGACCUCAAUCUUGAUGGAUUUGAUGACAUCGUGAUAGGAGCUCCCCUGGAAGAUGAUCAUGGGGGAGCCGUGUAUAUUUAUCAUGGGAGUGGCAAGACUAUAAGGAAAGAGUACGCACAACGUAUUCCAUCAGGUGGAGAUGGCAAGACACUAAAAUUUUUUGGCCAGUCUAUCCAUGGAGAAAUGGAUUUAAAUGGUGACGGUCUGACUGAUGUGACUAUUGGGGGCCUUGGUGGUGCUGCCCUCUUCUGGUCGCGAGAUGUGGCUGUCGUUAAAGUGACCAUGAAUUUUGACCCCAAUAAAGUGAAUAUCCAAAAGAAAAACUGCCAUGUGGAAGGAAAGGAAACAGUAUGCAUAAAUGCUACAGUGUGUUUUGAUGUGAAAUUAAAGUCCAAAGAAGACACAAUUUUUGUAGCUGAUAUGCAGUACCGUGUCACACUAGAUUCACUAAGACAGAUAUCACGAAGUUUUUUCUCUGGAACUCAAGAAAGAAAGAUUCAAAGAAACAUCACAGUUGAAGAAUCAGAAUGCACUAAGCUCUCCUUCUACAUGUUGGACAAGCAUGACUUUCGGGACUCUGUAAGGAUAACUUUGGAUUUUAAUCUUACCGAUCCAGAAAAUGGGCCUGUUCUUGAUGAUUCCCUACCAAAUUCAGUACAUGAAUAUAUUCCCUUCGCCAAAGAUUGUGGAAACAAGGAAAAAUGUAUCUCGGACCUCGCCCUGAAAGUAUCCACCACAGAAAAGGGCCUGCUUAUUGUCAGGUCCCACAACGAUAAGUUCAAUGUUAGUCUCACAGUCAAAAAUAAGAAGGACAGUGCCUAUAACACCAGAACCAUAGUGCACUAUUCUCCAAAUCUAAUUUUUUCAGGAAUUGAGGCUAUCCAAAAAGACAGUUGUGAAUCCAAUCAUAAUCUCACAUGUAAAGUUGGAUAUCCUUUCCUGAGAAGAGGAGAAGAGGUUACUUUCAAAAUAUUAUUUCAGUUUAACACAUCUUAUCUCAUGGAAAAUGUGAUCAUUCAUUUAAGUGCAACAAGUGACAGUGAAGAACCUCCUGAAGCCCUUUCUGAUAAUGAAGUAAACAUUUCUAUCCCAGUAAAAUAUGAAGUUGGACUUCAGUUUUACAGCUCUGCAAGCGAAUACCAUAUUUCAGUUGCAGCCAAUGAGACUGUCCCUGAAGUUAUUAAUUCUACUGAGGACAUUGGAGAUGAAAUUAAUAUCUUCUAUUUGAUUAGAAAGAGUGGACAUUUUCCAAUGCCAGAACUUAAACUGUCAAUUUCGUUUCCCAACUUGACAUCAGAUGGUUAUCCUGUGCUAUACCCAAGUGGAUGGUCGUCUUCUAAUAAUGCAAACUGCAGACCCAGUAGCCUUCAGGACCCUCUUGGUGUCAACUCUGGGAAGAAAAUGAUUAUAUCCAAACCUGAAGAUCUCAAACGAGGCACAAUUCCGGACUGCAGUACGUGUAAAUUUGCUACUAUUACGUGUACUUUGAUUCCUUCUGACAUAAGCCAAGUGAAUGUUUCACUUAUCUUAUGGAAACCAACUUUUAUAAAAGCACAUUUUUCCAGCUUAAAUCUUACUGUAAGGGCAGACCUUCAGAGUGAAAAUACAUCACUGAUUUUAAGUACUGGCAAUCAAAAAAGAGAGUUUGCUAUUCAAAUAUCCAAAGAUGGACUGCCGGGCAGAGUGCCAUUAUGGGUCAUCCUAUUGAGUGCUUUUGCUGGAUUAUUGCUAUUAAUGCUGCUCAUAUUAGCACUGUGGAAGAUUGGAUUCUUCAAAAGACCACUAAAGAAGAAAAUGGAGAAAUGACAUAUUUUACAGGAGGAAAAAAAUAACAGUUAUUCGAUGAUCUAUCCUCAGGUUUGCCUCAAAUAUGUGACAAGAAAUUUAUUAUUACAGUUAAAGACAUAGUCACAUAACUUUAUGUAAUCCAUCAGGGAUUAAUCAUUUGGAAAAUGACAGAUCAAGGAAGAUCCAAAAACAAUACCAGAAAGAUAUAUUUUGUAAAAUGAAGAAAAAUAUUUUUAAAUAAUUACUCAUUUGUGUUAAGUAGAAUUACAAAGUGUUUUGAAGAUGAAGAAUAACUUGUACAAAUAUGUUUAUAUAUUAAAUCAGCAUCCAGAGUAUUUAAGGAAUGCAUAAAAAGAUUUUUAUGAUCAUCGAUAAAUUAAACUUUUUCCAUUGAUUCCUGAUGGAUAUCUACAUUCAGCAUGAUAGUCAACAUUUGUAAAUGACAAGAAAGAAAUUAACUGAAAAAGAUCACUUCUCCCUAUUUAAAUGAGAAAAUUUUCCUGGGUAGAGUAUAUAUAAAACAUGGAAUGAAAAUAGAAUUAAGUCACAGAGAAUGCAUUCAGCAUCUUUGUCUUCGGUUCUGUACUUGGAAAGUUUUUUGUUUUUUGUUUUCAAAGUGUUUAGAAAAAUUGAGCUGAUGGAAAACGAAGAUAGACUUGUUUAAAGGCAACUCACUGAAAGAAUUAAUUUAAGCUUUCACAGAACAUGCUUAAUUUUGACAUGAGCCCUAAAACUCAAAACUUUUAUGCUGAAAACAACACUUCACAGAAGUUUUGUGGGGCAUACCAGUGAUUUGUCAUGAAAAGCCAUGUUGUGUGCGGGAUAUGCUAAGAUGGCUUCUGAAUGGAACAUGCAGAUGCCACGGAAAUGCCCAGCUGGGCGGCUUUUGAACGCUAGGAGUCCCAGGAUGUAACCCAAAGUAGGAGCUUUCUCAACUCCUUGGCACAUGGUUCAUUUAAACCCUCAAGCUGUGAGAGUACGUUUGUUUUUAAUUUUUUAAAAGGUAUUUAAAUUUCCAAACACAUUUCUUAUUUUUAUGAAAGUCAGUAUUCCAUUUCGGUAUUGUAUUUUACCAAGAAGCCACUGCUUUUUUAGUGUGGCAUAUCCAUAUUUAAAUAGAACUCUGGAAAUGUAUUUUAAAGAAUCUUAGGUUGGAACUUGCACCAAAAGAAAGAUAUCACACCUCUGUAUGAGCUUCUUUGCUCCUGAAGUGAUCAUUAUGGUGCAUUGGACUCUACUGCAGCAUAAGCUCGUAGGUUGCUCCGUUUCUUAGGAAAGUAACAGUGGAUGAAUGUAUUAUAGCCGCAUGUGUGAACUACUGCUGUAAAAUUUGCUGAUACUUCUGUAACAACUCCAUCUCUCCACCGGGCUGACCAUCACAAGACCAGCACCUACCUGUCCAGCAACUUAUCCCGAAAGUCCUGGACUCUCCUAUUCUCAAAAAGCAUCAAAUCAAGGGCGAACUUAAAUGACAUAGGUUUAAUUUUUAAAACUAAUUUCCAAGGAAUUUCCAAGGCCGACUCAGAGUCGGCCUCCCUUGUGGCUCUCCACAUCUAUGUCUACGAUCUGACGAUCAAAGUCAUGCACCUGGGAAGUGCUGAGGUCAUCAAUACUAGAAGAAAAGCUCAAACUUUCCAGAGAUUUGAUAUCCUCCUGCUGGUCAUUGUUCAGAAAUAUCCACUUCGGGAGUUUCCUUCAUUCCCACUACCUAUCUCCAGGUUCAGAAAUCACUCUCCCCACCUGUUCUUUCUUUGCCCAACAGAACUCAGGCUCUCUCUUAUUCGGAGUCACUGCAUUGCACAGCCUGCUCGGCAACUCAGCUCCAAUCUCAGCACAUUCUUAGAAGUAAAUCGAACAGGCAAAGCAAGGAGUUGAAAGCAAGAAAAUACAAAGGGUGACACAAUGAAAAUCAGACCUUCACAGCCACAAAGAAGCUGUCUUACUUUCUCAAGGAAUCCAGAACCCUGAAACGAUACUGUGAAAGUUCAUCCUUUGCAAAUAUUUGUAAUUUCUAUGAUCCAAUUUGAAAUUCAGUUGUCCAAUUUAUUCAGUUAUUUUCUUUGAGCCUUAAAGUCACGGGCAAUUUAAUCUCUGAAUAUUUCCAUGUCAUCAGUAUGCUUAAAAUGAGGCUUAUAGAGGGAGAUAUUUUUGUAAAAUUUGAUGCUUACUCAACCAUGAUAAAUGUACCUACACAUGCAAAUACCUAUUAAUACCUAUAAAUAUAUAUAUUCUCUUUUCCUUUUACAAAACCAAUAUCUAGACUCAAUUGGAAAACAAAUAUCUGUACCAAAAGCAAAAGGUGGUUGCACAGUGUUUGACUCAAGCUGGAUUGUAGCAGCUGUGAAAAGCUGUGCCCACAUUCUCCCCAGGCAUCCUCUGCAAGGGCCACAGCUUGUAGGGUGAAUGGCCACCCCUCCAGCUCCAGGCAGUGUCUUUCAUAGAGGAUAAUGCCUUUGUCAAAUGUGGUAACAUGCUCUGUGUGAAUUAACUGUCUUGCUUGGCACAACACUGAGAAAACUAGGGAAGACCCAGAUUUAAAGCAUGAUUCAAUGUGCUUGGUGCAGUCAUGUUAUUGUUCAAAUAAGGAGGCUUCUGGCAAAUCCUUUUUUAGAAAAUAAUAUCCUCUGCAUCCUUCAUUUAUUUUCAACACCUCUCAAGUCCUCUGCAUUAGUGAUCGCCCCUAACCCCCAACACCAAGGGAGAGUUUCAAGAAGACUAUUGGAGGAAAAUCUGUUUAUAUGUGCUCUCUGUUUGCUGUGAAUACCAGCUUCAAUGAACUGAUCAUUUAUACAGGAUUUCAGGCCUCAGUUCUUCUGUGACACUCUAAAGGCAUAACAUGAUAUAGGCAUAAUGUAAUGGGACAAAAUGCCCUGUACCUCAGAGAAGUAAUAUCUUUAACAGAUUUGCCAACCUUUGUGGGACGCUGUCAGCAACUAUGCCAAGGGUAGGAUGUAGCCACCAGCACCCUACAAUCUCCAUCCUCACCCAUGGCCAUAAUAAUCCAAAAAAUUAAAAGAGGGCUCUAAAAUCUUCAGACUGAUACUAUUUUUUAAUGUAAUUUAAUUGUAAACAGCAGAAAUUUUUUAAUGCAAACAGAGCUUCAAGAUGAGUCCACUCAGCAACCCCUUCAUAUCAAACUGCUGUCCCUAAACCUCCCCUACACAGAACUUCUGAAAUCACCCCUAGAUGUUAACUCUGCAGUACAUUACAAAAGGCUCAGUUCUGCUGUUACCCAAAUGGAAGCACUAUUGUGCAACAUCUUAUCUAAAACAAAAAUAGAGCUACAUCUAACAUUGUCAUCUGGUGAAGAAGUCAGUAUCUUUGAUCCUCAUAUUAAAAUUUAACCUUGAAUUUAAAAAUUCCAAGUAACAGCCUUUAACCAUCUACCUUGAGGAAACCUGAAGGAGCUCCUAAGCCCCAUCGUUCCCUGUGACAUCUGGCACCAGGAGGUUCAGGUCUUAAGUGAUGGGGAUGGAUACUUCUGCCUCUGAGCUUAACUCCUGAAUUCACUGCACCCCAGAUCAGCCUGGCCCCACUCCAUAUCAGAUAUACACAUAAGCACUUCUUGCUGAAAAUUUACCAUACUGAAAAAUAUGCAAGGGUGAGUUAUCACUUCAAAUGUACUCUGCUUUGAGGUCAGCCUUUUUUUUUUUUUUUGCCUUUUUAAAUAUAUCAAAACCUUUCCCCCAUAACUAAUGAGUGCUGAACUUUACCUAAGACUUCCUUGCAUUUGCCUCCUGCCACGGGCUGGAGAAUUUCCGUGCCAUGAGGACCGGACAGCAGGAGCUAGAGUCCAUCUGCAGGAUCUUUCUGCCUCCUGCCUUCUGCCUUCCAGUUGAUCUCUUCUCUUCUCAAGUGCACAAUGGGGAUGGUUUGUUUUGAUUUGGAAUUUCCUUGGCAAGGCCAUUAUAAACCUCGUGCCCCUUGCAGGACUUUGCAUGGUUGCAUGUUUUCUCUGGUGAGUUGAGACUUGGAAAUCCUUUAAUUAUCUGACACACCACAGAAACCCUGGCUAUAAACUAGGGACCAGUGACACUCCCAACUAUGAUGAUAUUUGAUUUUACCAUAUUUCAAGUCACAUCGUUAGGGAGGGAAAAAAAAGACUAAGUGGAAUUUUAGAAACUCUUCUGCAAAAGCCUGAGACUGGCAGUCUUCCUAUCAUGCCCCCAAGGCUUCUUGCAUCUUGAGAGACAGAAAAAACAUGGGGGGGGGGAUGGAGGUGGGGAGAGGAAAUAAAGCUAUUUAUCUUUUAUAUAUACACCCUUCUUCCUCAAAAUACCGCAAGCUUCCUUAGACCACAUCGUACCCCCAUGCAAUACUAACACAUGUACUUUGCACAAGUAAAUUGUUGAUCAAAUAAAAAUAUAUUCUUCCUUGCUUAUUAGCCGGGGCUAAUUUCCUGGAGUUUAGUACACUUUGUCUCAAGUAAAAACAAUCAUGUGAAGCAGCAACACAUCAGAUCUUCUUCAUACUGGAAUCAUUUCAUACAGGACAUCCUAAUACUUCGCAUUUAAUUCUGACAUCUCUUGGCCUUAUUGCAGGAUGCAACAGCUGUCUUCAUUAGGAAACAUUGGCCUGUGAAGAGAAUGGUGUACUAUGUAUUACUACUGUGAGGGUGUAAAAUUGUUAACAGACAGUGUGAAGAAUUGUAUCCAUUUGAUUAAGAAGAAGAAUAUUGUAUAUAAUAACUACUGCCCUGAAACGCGUAUCAUAUCACUCCAAUAAAGUUUUCAGCAUGGUCUGACAU